AUGGCUUCAUCUUUCUUAAGCUCUUUCUUGGUCAUUCUCUUGUUAUAUAUUUCAAGCCCUGUCAGUUUAACUCAAACUCUAACAGGUGUUAAACUACCACUGAUACACAGACUUUCUUUGCCCGAGAAUUCCAAUGAGACGUUCCAGCAGCUUGUGGAAAUAAAUUUGAAGCAACUUGAAAUGGAGUUUGCUACACUAGAUGAUCAAGAAGAAUUCAGUUUAGAAACUCCAAUGAUACGAUUCAAUCGGUGUUUAUAUUUUGUCAACCUGACGAUCGGAAAUCCACCUGUUCAACAAUAUCUGGAGGUGGACACCGGCAGCUCUCUCAUAUGGGUUCGUGGAGGUACUGAUCCUCUAAGACGAGACGAUUAUGUCCCCUCAGAAUCUUAUACAUUUAGGCAGAUGAGCUGUGUGGAUCCUAUAUGCACCUGGAAUAAUACUUUUAAGUGUCUUGGGCAAAAAAUUAAUCAGUGUGGGUAUACGGUUUGGUAUGGCGACGGGACUAACUCAACUGGAAACAUAGGCUACGAUCAGUUUGGGUUUGUAAACUAUGCAGAACCUAAAAGUCAUUCUUUUGUAGACAAUGUCGUAUUUGGUUCUCUCGGCAAAAUAGGAAAUGGUAAUGUGGCAACUAAAGACGCAAAUUUCUAUGGAAUCUUGGGACUAGGAACCCAAAGCAUUUCCCUGGUCAAUCAGCUACCUGGACCAAAAAUGUUCAGUUACUGUGUCUCAAAUCUUAGUAGCGCAGAUGGAUCUGAAGGCUACAUUCAUUUUGGAGAGGCGGAUGAUUACACCGGAGAUCUUCCAACAACACCAAUAAAUCAGGGUUAUUGGCAGUACAUUAUAGAAAUUCAAUCAAUUUGUCUGGGUAAUGUGUGUCUGGCAAUCGAUCCAUCCGUAUUCAAGGCCAUUCCAGGUGUUAAGUCUGGAGUGUCCAUCGACACGGGAGCGAUAUAUUCUUUUUUGCCAGACAUAGCAUAUGAUGCUGUUGAAGAUGCGGUGAUUAAACUGAUGAAAUCGAAGAACAAGACUUACGUGCCGGAAAUAUAUAAUAUCAAGUCCAUAUUAUGCUACGAUGGAAAGUUGGAUGGUGAUGAAUCAUCUUAUCCUACUCUUACUAUCAAUUUUGUUGGUGGGGGAGCAAAUAUGGAAAUUACUCGAAACGUGUAUCUCCACGAGGCUAGUCCAGACUUUCACUGUUUAUCAUUUCAGAGAAGCUCCCGUUUUGGAGAAAGAUACAAGAAAUACACCGUACUAGGUUUGCUGAGCCAACAGUAUCAUGUUUUCGAGUUCAACCUCGACAGUUGGACUUUGGGCAUUUUGGGUGACAAGUUCUGUAAUGAUCCAAUCCUAUAAUAUCUAUA